UCUACUGAUAAUUUAAAAAGAUGUAAAAUUUAUAAUCCUCUCCUUUUCUUUUUUCGGGAUUCCCCAAGUAUUUUCAAGGUUUUCGGCUUUCUGGUAAUGAGAUCGAAUGUCCUGUUUUUUCCAAUCAUAUUUUUCGCGCGAAAAGUAACGUGGUUGGUAGCUCUGAUCAGCUAUAAUCCUGCCCGCUGUCACAAUGCAAACAUGGCGAUGAUGGUGUCCGUUUAAAGAGCAGCGACGCAUUUUCAUUCCCUUUUUGACUACGACGAAUCUUUAAUUGCCACUGGUGACGACGAGGAACGCAAUGGGCAAUGCUGAUACAAAGCUGAACUUUCGAAAGGCUGUGGUGCAAUUAACGUCGAAAACUCAGGUGAUCGAUGCAUCGGAUGAUAUAUUCUGGGAUCAAUUUUGGUCUGAGAAUGUGACCAAUGUUCAGGAUAUUUUUACCCUGAUUCCGGCUCCAGAGAUUCGUGUAUUGAGAGAAGAGGCACCUUCCAAUUUAGCCACAUUAUGCUACAAGGCGGUCGAGAAGUUAGUCAAGGCGGUGGAUAGCAGCUGUAGAACUCAACGGGAGCAUCAGAUUGUUUUGAACUGCUGUCGCUUGCUGACACGCUUGUUACCUUACAUAUUUGAGGAUCCCGAUUGGAAAGGCUUCUUUUGGUCCAGUUUACCUGGCAAAGAUGACGAAGAGAGCUUACCAUUGGCACAUUCUUUGUUGAACGCGCUUUGUGAUCUAUUGUUUUGUCCUGAUUUUACCGUAGCUGCAAAUAGAAAAUCCGGUCCGGACAAAGCCGAUGAGUUGCAGUCGAUAGACAGCUGUGAAUAUAUAUGGGAAGCGGGAGUAGGCUUCGCAUAUUCGCCACCCAGAUAUCCCAUUCUAGAUUCCAACCGCACGGAAUUGUUGAAGCUCUUGUUGACAUGCUUCAGCGAAACCAUGUACAAUCCGCCGAUGGAUCUAUCAAUCACGCCGAACAGAUGGAUUGAACAUUUGACUAGUAGUGAAAAUAGACACGCUUUACCUAUGUUUACAUCGCUUUUAAACACGGUAUGCGCAUACGAUCCUGUCGGAUAUGGAGUGCCAUACAAUCAUUUGCUGUUCACCGAUUCCUUAGAGCCGCUGGUCGAUGUCGCGUUGCAAAUCUUGAUUGUAACUUUAGAUCAUGACACUACUGGUGGAAUACCGAUGGAAGAGGGAGCAGUCGGAGAUAAUUUGUUUAUUAAUUAUUUGAGUCGAAUUCAUCGCGAUGAAGAUUUCCAAUUUGUCCUAAAGGGUAUCACUAGACUGUUGAAUAAUCCAUUAAUGCAAACGUAUCUGCCGAACUCGACCAAAAAAGUGCAUUUUCAUCAAGAGCUGCUAGUUUUCUUCUGGAAGAUGUGUGAUUACAACAAGAAGUUUUUAUAUUAUGUGCUAAAAAGCUCGGACGUUCUUGAAGUUCUCGUACCGAUUCUUUAUCACUUAAAUGACUCGCGUGCUGACCAAUCACGAGUUGGUUUAAUGCACAUCGGUGUAUUUAUUUUACUUCUCUUGAGUGGAGAACGCAAUUUCGGAGUGAGGUUGAAUAAACCCUAUACAGCUACAGUGCCUAUGGAUAUUCCCGUUUUUACAGGAACGCAUGCUGAUCUCUUAGUCACUGUAUUUCAUAAAAUCAUCACGACCGGUCAUCAAAGACUGCAACCGCUAUUCGAUUGUCUACUAACGAUUCUAGUCAAUGUGUCGCCGUAUCUUAAAACACUGUCUAUGGUGGCUAGCACAAAACUGCUACAUUUGUUGGAGGCAUUUAGUACACCGUGGUUCCUUUUCUCAGCACCCACUAAUCACCAUUUGGUAUUCUUUUUGCUCGAGAUCUUUAACAAUAUUAUUCAGUAUCAAUUUGAUGGAAAUAGCAACUUAGUUUAUACUAUAAUACGCAAACGACAAGUAUUCCACGCUCUCGCGAAUUUGCCCAGUGAUUGCAAUACGAUCGCGAAGUCUCUUAGUAAAAGGCAGCGUCGUCACAUGCCUGCAAGUACUUUGUUGGAGACUCCCGGUAUUGAGAACAUGACGGAAAAAGAAUCUGCGCAUCCACUGAGUCCAUCAGUCAGUAUUGACAUUAAUAAAUUGAUUACUAAUCAUUCGGAGAGAGAGAGCAAGACGGAAGAUAUCGCGGAAGAAUCAAUGAACGUGACCAAGAAUUCCGUGGUACCGAAGGGUGGCAUUCGUGUGGCUGAGCAAACGAGUAACAACAAUGUCAAUAACGUUAAUCAGUGGGUACCGUCUAGCGAUUGGGUGUAUCAGUGGAAGAGCAAACUUCCUCUGCAAACCAUCAUGCGAUUACUGCAAGUCCUCGUUCCACAGGUUGAGAAAAUCUGCAUCGACAAGGGGCUGACAGACGAGAGCGAAAUCCUGAAGUUUCUGCAACAUGGUACCCUUGUCGGAUUACUGCCAGUGCCGCAUCCUAUUCUCAUCAGGCGGUAUCAGGCUAACCCCGGCACGACCGCGUGGUUUCGCACGUAUAUGUGGGGUGUUAUAUAUUUGAGAAAUGUCGAACCACCCAUAUGGUACGAUACAGACGUCAAGCUGUUCGAGAUCCAGAGGGUUUAGAUAAUCGUCAAAAGGUUCGUUAUAGUUCGCGCUUGAAAUACUGUUUUAUUGGCAGUGCGCAAGAAGAUGAGUCAUCGAACUCGUUAUUGUGUGUAUAAUCAUUCCUGAACAUUAAGUAAAAUUGAAGGAUUCAGUGUGACGCUUUCGUAAGAACUCGAGAAUAGUUUUUUCCGUUUUAAAAUAAAUGUCAAAAUAUAUCAAUAAAAUAUAUCGAUUAAAAUCAACAUGUAUAAUUAUAAGAGCUUCAAAUUUUUCUGAAAUCUUAUAAAAACGUGUUAAAUCAUUAGAAUCCUUCAUUGAAAUUUAAUUGAUUCCUUGUCUCUUCGCUUAAUUACAAAGAUCUAGUGAAAUUGAUUCUCUUAAGUUUAAAUUUCGUUGAUAGUUGUCGCCAUUCUUUCAAGUCAAAUCAAAUUUUAAUAAUCAAGAAAGAGGCAGGAAUCAAUUAAACAUCGGUUAAUUUUGACCAAUGUUUAUGGAAAUAUAAUGAGACACGACGAACGCAUCAAGUCACACGCUUUGUCUCUAAUUACUUUUUACAUGGCGAGAGCCUUCAAAGUACUUUCAUCUUGAUGUAACAUACAUGUACUGUAUACAAGAUUGUAAACGUCGUUUACAAUCGGUAUCAGUGU